AUGCUUGGAAAAUGCCAGGCCCUUCCGGAGUCCUACUCGCAGGCCAUCCUCCAGAACAAGUACGGCUGGUCCCUGCAGCAAGACUCCGUGUAUGCCUUCACAGCAUGCGGCCGUGAAGGGGAGCCUGCCAUCUCCUUCAUCAAAUUCCCCGAGUAUGUGAAAUUCACAUUGGCCCUCAUCAUGCACAAGUACAGUGUUAGCCCUAAAGUCCUCGACUGCAAGAUGGCGCUGAAGCCCCAGGAGCUUGAUCACAGCAAGCGAAAGACAAAGAUCGUCGCUAGCCUGGGACCUGCCUCUUGGAGCGAGGAGAUGAUCCCAAAAAUGAUCGAAGCCGGCACAGAUAUUUUUCGCUUGAACUGCUCCCACCGCCGUGGUGGAGACUUCGAACGAGUCUAUCCGCUCAUUAGGAAGUACGCCAGGAUGCUUGGCCGGCGCGUGGAGGUUCUGGGGGACCUGCAGGGGCCCAAGUUCCGCGUGGGCGAGCUGGCUGGGGAGCCUAUUCCUCUGGUGGAUGGCGAGAUUGUUGAGUUCGGCAUCUGCAAGGAUGACACUGAUCUCAUCAAGCCUGGCCGCAUCACCAUGAAGCCAACCACGGAACAGCUGGCGUUGGUCAAAGCAUGCAAAGUUGGCAUCGACCUGCUCAUUGAGGAUGGCAUCAUGAAGGUCAACGUUGUGGAGAAGAUUUCUGACACGGAGCUGAAGGUGAAGGUCGUCCGCGGUGGGAAGCUGAAGGCGCGCAAGGGCGUUAACGUGCCAGACUGCGAGAUCGACUGCGCCGCCCUCACGGAGAAGGACAUAGAGGAUGCUGAGUAUCUGCUUCAGCUGGAGCCUCCGGUCGAGUACAUCUGCGUAUCCUUCGCCCAGAAGGGCCAGGAUCUGCAGGAACUUGUUGACAUCAUGGAUCGACUGAAGAUUCCAGCGGAGAAGCGACCGAAAAUUUGCCCGAAGAUUGAGAAGCCGCAAGCCCUUACCAACAUCGAGGGGAUCAUUGAGAAGUCACAGGCACUGAUGGUUGCCAGGGGCGACUUGGGCGUGGAGCUGGAGCUUGAGCGAGUCCCCUUCGCUCAGAAGCUGCUCAUCGCCCGUGCCAAGAAGGCUGGCCUCUUCGUUAUCAACGCCACUCAGAUGGUGGAAAGCAUGAUUGAGAAUCCGGUGCCAACCCGCGCGGAAGUUAGCGACUUGCAAAACGCAGUGUUCGACGGUUGCGACGCUGUGAUGCUCUCUGGCGAAGCCGCCAGUGGGAAGUUCCCCUGUGAGUCCGUGAAAGCGGAGGCUGAUGCUGCGCUCGAAGCGGAGACAGUCCGCGACCUCCUGAGACCACAGGUCCUGGAUGGGGCUGUCGUGGACCAAGCCAACAAGCCUCGGGAGUUGGAUGACAGCAAAAGGACGACAAAAGUUGUGGCAUCCCUGGGACCUGCAUCUUGGAGUGAGGAGAUGAUCCCCAAGAUGAUCGAAGCUGGAACGAACAUCUUCCGCUUGAAUUGCUCGCAUCGUCGUGGUGGCGACUUCGAGCGCGUCUACCCGCUCAUCCGCAAAUAUGCCAAGGAGAUGGGGAAGACUGUGGAAUGCCUUGGUGACCUCCAGGGGCCCAAGUUCCGUGUGGGCGAGUUGGCAGGCGAGCCUGUGGAGCUGAAGAACGGCGAUGUCCUGGAGUUCGGUAUCUCCAAGGACGACAAUGACAACAUCCGGCCUGGACGCAUCACCAUGAAGCCCACCACAGAGCAGACUGCCCUCGUGAAGGCCUGCAAAGCUGGCACCCCUUUGUUGCUCGAGGACGGAAUCAUGGAAGUCAAGGUCAUUGAGAAGUGCUCCGAGAGUGAGCUCAGGGUUGAAGUCACUCGAGGUGGUAAGCUCAAGGCCCGGAAGGGUGUGAACGUCCCGGAUGUGGAGAUUGAUUGCGCGGCGCUGACAGCAAAGGACAUCGAGGAUGCGGAGUUCCUCCUUCAGCUGGACCCUCCAAUCGAGUACAUCUGCGUGUCGUUUGCCCAGAAGGGCCAAGACUUGCAGGAGCUCAUUGACAUCAUGGACCGGCUCAAUGUUCCUGCAGAGAAGCGGCCAAAGAUUUGCCCAAAGAUUGAGAAGCCACAGGCCUUCACCAACAUCGAGGGCAUCAUUGCCAAGAGUCAGGCCUUGAUGGUUGCCCGCGGUGACCUGGGCGUGGAGCUGGGACUCUGCAGAGUGCCCUUCGCUCAGAAACUGCUGAUCCAGCGAGCCAAACAAGCUGGGCUCUUCGUGAUCACGGCAACGCAAAUGGUGGAGAGCAUGAUCGAGAACCCGGUUCCGACCCGUGCGGAGGUCUCCGAUCUCAUGAAUGCGGUGUGGGACGGUACCGAUGCGGUGAUGCUGUCUGGAGAGGCAGCCACCGGCAAGUACCCCUGCGAGGCAGUCAUGGCAGAAGCCUCUGCAACUCGAGAGGCUGAGACUGUCAAGAGCAAAUUGCAGCAAGCCUGCCCAUUCGUUGCACCUGACAGCAAGACGCAAAUGCGCGCGGCAAAGACACUGAAUUGCGGCAUGGGUCUCAAGAGACAAGAGACAGACCACAGCAAGAGGAAGACCAAGGUCGUUGCAUCCUUGGGCCCCGCGUCCUGGAGUGAGGAGAUGAUCCCAAAGAUGAUCGAGGCUGGCACGGACAUCUUCCGCCUGAAUUGCUCGCACCGCCGUGGCGGUGACUUCGAGCGCGUCUACCCGCUCAUCCGCAAGUCCGCAAAGGAGAUGGGCAAGAAGGUGGAGUGCCUUGGCGAUCUCCAGGGUCCAAAGUUCCGCGUCGGAGAGCUCGCUGGCGAUCCCGUGCCACUGAAGGAUGGGGAGAUCCUGGAGUUCGGAAUCUGCAAGGACGACAACGACAUGAUCCGCCCUGGCCGUAUCACCAUGAAGCCCACCAUUGAGCAGAACGCCUUGGUUCGAGCUUGCAAGCCGGGUACUCCCCUGCUUCUUGAAGACGGCAUUAUGGAGGUGAAGGUUGUUGAAAAGUGCUCGGACACCGAGCUGAAGGUCCAGGUGGUCCGCGGUGGGAAGUUGAAGGCUCGAAAGGGCGUCAAUGUGCCGGAGGUUCAGAUUGACUGCGCAGCCCUGACAGAAAAAGACAUCGAGGAUGCUGAGUUCCUCCUGAAGCUGGACCCACCGAUUGAGUACAUUUGCGUGUCCUUUGUGCAGAAGGCCCAGGACCUGCAGGAACUUAUCGACAUCAUGGACCGGUUGCAGAUCCCGCAGGAGAAGCGUCCAAAGAUCUGUCCCAAGAUCGAGAAACCACAGGCGCUCACGAACAUCGACGGCAUCAUUGCCAAGUCUCAGGCUUUGAUGGUAGCACGCGGUGACUUGGGUGUCGAGCUGGAGCUCGAAAGGGUUCCUUUCGCCCAGAAGCUCUUGAUCAGGCAGCCUGUGCCCACCAGAGCAGAGGCUGGGGUCAGCGAUGUGCAGAAUGCAGUCUGGGAUGGCGCUGACGCUGUCAUGCUGAGUGGUGAAGCGGCUAGUGGGAAGUAUCCUUGUGAGGCUGUGCGCGCGGAAGCGGACGCUGCCCUGGAAGCGGAGAGCGUGAAGCAUUUGCUGGUGCCGCAGGUCUAUGAUGACUAUGUCGUGGAGGAAGCAAACAAGCCGCGUGAGCUCGACGAUAGCCGACGAAGGACAAAGAUUGUUGCCAGCCUCGGGCCGGCGUCCUGGAGCGAUGAUAUGCUGGCAAAGAUGAUCCAGGCCGGUACGGAUAUCUUUCGAUUGAACUGCUCGCAUCGACGCGGUGGCGACUUUGAGAGGGUCUACCCUGCCAUCCGCCGCCACUCCAAGGAAUUGGGCGUCAAUGUCGAAUGCCUGGGUGACCUUCAGGGUCCCAAGUUCCGCGUGGGCGAGUUGGCUGCUGACCCCAUCGAGCUGAAAAACGGUGAUGUCCUGGAGUUCGGCAUCUGCAAGGAUGACAACGACCUCAUCAAGCCUGGCCGAAUUACCAUGAAGCCAACUACUGAGCAGAACGCUCUGGUCGAAGCCUGCAAGGUCGGUACCAUGCUACUCAUUGAGGACGGCCUCAUGGAGGUCAAGGUUACGGAGAAAAUCUCGUCCACCGAGCUGAAAGUCGAAGUCACGCGUGGUGGGAAGCUGAAGGCCCGCAAAGGUGUCAAUGUACCGGACUUGGAGAUCAACUGCGCAGCGUUGACUUCCAAGGACAUCGAGGAUGCAGAAUACUUGCUGCAGCUAGAUCCCCCAAUUGAGUACAUUUGCGUGUCCUUUGUGCAGAAGGGCCAAGACCUGCAGGAGCUCAUUGACAUCAUGGACCGCUUGCAGAUCCCUCCUGAGCGACGCCCCAAGAUCUGCCCCAAGAUCGAGAAGCCGCAGGCUCUGACAAACAUCGAUGGAAUCAUCGCGAAGUCACAGGCCUUGAUGGUCGCCCGUGGUGACCUUGGAGUCGAGCUGGGCCUGAACCGCGUGCCCUUUGCGCAGAAGCUGUUGAUCGCACGAGCCAAGCAAGCUGGGCUUUUUGUGAUCAAUGCCACCCAGGUCGUGGAGAGCAUGAUCAAGAAUCCAGUGCCCACCCGAGCAGAGGUCAGCGACGUCUGCAAUGCCGUGUGGGAUGGAGCAGAUGCAGUGAUGCUGUCUGGAGAAGCAGCAAGUGGGGACUUCCCUUGCGAAGCAGUCAUGGCUGAAGCCUCCGCAGCCCGGGAGGCCGAGUCUGUCAAACACCGGCUCAGACGUGCCUGCCCGCCAGUGGAAUCUGGUGCGAUUGCCCCUCCAAUGCUUCAUGUCAACAUGGGGAACAAGAAGCAGGAAACCAACGACGCUUUGCGCAAGUCGAAGGUUGUUGCAAGCCUGGGCCCUGCCUCGUGGAGUGAGGAGAUGAUUCCCAAGAUGAUCGAGGCUGGUACGGACAUCUUCCGCCUGAACUGCUCGCACCGACGUGGUGGUGACUUCGAGCGCGUCUACCCGCUGAUCCGCAAGUCUGCGCAGGAGCUGGGCAAGAAGGUGGAGUGCCUGGGAGACCUUCAGGGCCCCAAAUUCCGCGUGGGCGAGCUGGCUGGAGACCCCAUUGAGCUUGUGAACGGCGACAUCCUGGAGUUCGGCAUAAGCAAGGACGACAAUGACAACAUUCGCCCUGGACGCAUCACCAUGAAACCCACGACAGAGCAGAAUGCUCUGAUCGCGGCCUCGAAGGUGGGCAUAGACCUGCUUUUGGAGGACGGCAUUAUGAAGGUUAAUGUCGUGGAGAAGAUCAGCGAUACGGAGCUGAAAGUGAAGGUCAUCCGCGGUGGCAAGCUGAAGGCCCGCAAGGGAGUCAACGUGCCGGACGUGGAGAUCGACUGCGCCGCGCUGACUGCCAAAGACAUUGAGGAUGCCGAAUUCUUACUGCAACUGGACCCGCCCAUCGAGUAUAUCUGCGUCUCUUUUGUGCAGAAGGGACAGGACCUCCAAGAGCUCAUUGACAUCAUGGACCGCCUGAACAUCCCUCAGGAAAAGCGGCCUAAGAUUUGCCCAAAGAUCGAGAAGCCUCAGGCUCUGACCAACAUCGAUGGCAUCAUUGCCAAGUCUCAAGCUUUAAUGGUGGCACGAGGUGACUUGGGUGUGGAGCUGGAGCUCGAGAGGGUGCCUUUCGCGCAGAAACUCCUCAUCCGCAAAGCCAAGGAUGCCGGACUCUUCGUCAUUAAUGCCACGCAGAUGGUUGAGAGCAUGAUUGAGAACCCGGUCCCGACAAGGGCAGAGGUCAGCGACCUGCAAAAUGCUAUCUGGGAUGGUGCGGACGCCGUGAUGCUCAGUGGAGAGGCUGCCAGUGGGAAGUUCCCCUGUGAAGCUGUCAUGGCAGAAGCAGCUGCAGCGCUCGAAGCAGAGAGCGUCAGAGAUCUGCUCCAACCGCGCUUGCCCAUCGACUACUUCUGCGAUGAGGCCAACAAGCCGAGGGAGAUGGACGACUCCAAGCGCCGCACCAAGGUGGUUGCCAGCUUGGGGCCUGCAUCAUGGAGCGAGGAGAUGAUCCCCAAGAUGAUCGAGGCUGGUACGGACAUCUUCCGCCUGAACUGCUCGCACCGACGUGGCGGCGACUUCGAGCGUGUCUACCCGCUGAUCCGCAAGACAGCCAAAGAGAUGGGCAAGAAGGUGGAAUGCCUCGGAGAUCUCCAGGGCCCAAAGUUCCGUGUUGGCGAGCUCGCAGCGGACCCCAUCCCACUGGUCAAUGGCGAGAUCUUGGAGUUUGGAAUCAGUGUCGAUGAUAACGACAACAUCAAGCCAGGGCGCAUCACCAUGAAGCCAACAACCGAGCAGAACGCCUUGGUCAAGGGCUGCCAGGUGGGCACUACUCUGCUCAUCGAGGACGGUAUCAUGGAGGUGGUCGUCACGGAGAAGCUCAGCGACACUGAGCUGAAGGUGAAAGUUGUCCGUGGAGGCAAGCUGAAAGCCAGGAAGGGUGUGAACGUACCGGACAUCGAGAUUGACUGCGCAGCCCUCACUGUCAAAGACAUUGAGGAUGCGGAGUUCUUGCUGCAGCUGGACCCUCCUAUCGAGUACAUCUGCGUAUCCUUCGCUCAAAAAGCGCAAGACCUCCAGGAACUCAUCGACAUCAUGGACAGGUUGAACAUUCCUGCUGAGAAGAGACCGAAGAUUUGCCCGAAGAUCGAGAAGCCACAGGCGCUGACCAACAUCGAAGGCAUCAUCGAGAAGUCGCAGGCAUUGAUGGUUGCGCGCGGUGAUCUUGGUGUUGAGCUUGGUCUCUACCGUGUGCCCUUUGCGCAGAAGCUUCUUAUUCGAAAGGCAAAAGAUGCCGGCCUCUUCGUAAUCACAGCGACACAGAUGGCGGCGAUCUCAGCUUGUCACAGAGCGAUGUUAGCUAAUGACUUCAGCAGAUGCCAGGGGUCCACCAACCUUAGUUGCGGGCUGCUAGCGGGUGCUUGA